GGAUCUCCCUGACUUCAGCUGUUGCAGAACUUGCUUACGUGCGCACUCCUGGUCCUGUGGUUAAUAUGUACUGGUGCAGUGUAACCAUUACAACACUUUGUGGGUCUUCAACUUGUGAAGCGGAGUACCUUCUAAAUGCAGAGACAUGGUAAGCAGAAUGCACAGUCUCAGGAUUUUGACGCUCUUGGUCAUGGCUGGGAACCUGGAGCUAGGAUAUGCAAGGAGUUCUUUAAGUCACCUGUUUAAAGGAGUGAAGGUUCCUCCAGCAACUAAAGGGGAUCCCGGGCAGCCUCUCUUUCUCACACCCUAUCUGGACAGCGGGAAAAUUGAUGAAGCACGUGAGUUAAGCCUUGUAGGAAAACUGCCAGGAUCAAAUGUCAAGAGUUAUUCGGGAUACCUCACUGUGAACAAGACCUACGACAGCAACCUCUUCUUCUGGUUUUUUCCUGCACAGCUCAGUCCAGAGACUGCCCCAGUUUUACUGUGGCUGCAGGGGGGACCAGGAGGUACAUCCAUGUUUGGCCUCUUUGUGGAGCAUGGACCUUACGUCGUGAAUGAGAACCUGACGUUGGCUCAUCGGGAAUUUUCUUGGACAAACAAAUAUUCAAUGUUGUAUAUUGAUAAUCCCAUUGGAACUGGUUUCAGUUUCACAAGAGACGACCGGGGAUAUGCGGUAAAUCAGGAUGAUGUUGGCAGAGAUUUGUACAGUGCACUUACUCAGUUUUUCCAGAUAUUUUCAGAAUAUCAGAAGAAUGAGUUUUAUGCCACAGGAGAAUCCUACGCUGGGAAGUAUGUUCCUGCUAUUGGUUAUUAUAUCCACACACACAACCCAACCGCUAAGGUUAAAAUCAACUUCAAGGGGAUUGCCAUUGGAGACGGGCUCUGUGAUCCUGAAGUGAUGAUUGGUGGCUAUGCCGACUUCAUGUACCAAACCGGCAUAGUGGACGAAAACCAGAAAGACUUUGUCCAGCGGCAGUGUGACCUGGCGAUAAAAUAUAUCCAGCAACAGAAGUGGAUUGAUGCUUUUGACGUCUUUGAUUCAUUACUGAAUGGUGACAGGACUUCAUAUCCUUCCUUCUAUCAGAAUGUUACAGGUUGCAGUAAUUACUUCAACUUUCUCCAAUGUCAGGAACCAGUGGACCAGGGGUACUUUGGACCUUUUCUGGCUCUCCCAGUAGUUAGGAAGGCAAUCCACGUUGGUAACCUGACCUUUCAUGAUGGAUCUGAAGUUGAGAAACAUUUGCUUUCUGAUGUGAUGAAGACCAUAAAGCCAUGGUUGGUGGUGCUAAUGGAUAAUUACAGGGUCCUCAUGUACAGUGGUCAGCUCGACGUUAUAGUGGCUGCUCCUCUUACUGAACGAUUUCUGCAAACUGUACCUUGGUCAAGGCUAGAAGAGUAUAAGAAAGCCGAGCGAUCAGUCUGGAAGAUCAGGUCAACAGAUACUGAGGUGGCCGGUUAUGUCCGCGUGGCUGGAGAGUUUGCUCAGGUAAUAGUCAGAGGAGGUGGACACAUCCUACCAUAUGACCAGCCUGAAAGAUCAUUUGUGUUGAUUGACAGGUUUAUAAGUAACUGUAAAGCCUUGAAUUGUGAGAACGUUUUCUGAUGCGAUAACAAUACCGUAGGUCAACUUAUGUUAAUGGCAAAAAGAAAAGGAUUUGAUCUUGGUCAAUAUUAAUAAAAUCCUUUUGUAAGAA